UGAAGAAAAACCUCUCAAAGCAAUAUUGUCAAAGCUGAUUGUUAAUUUUGCAGGUCAUCUGCCAUUUGUGAAUGGGUAGAUUAAUUUGGUGGAUUUAUAGGAGAUUAAUGCAUAUGUGAACGUAUUAUUGGGAUGCCUGCAUUUAAAAAUUAAAUCCAAUGAUAAUGAAAAAACUAAACACAUAUGGCGCAGAGUAUCGAGUCACAAAACCUUGGAUAGUCGCAAAAUAACACUCAUUAUCGAUAUAAUCGGCGAUAGCCCCACAGCUUUAUUAAUCACCAUCACUAAUUUGUCUCGCACAGGAAAGCUUCUGCUUUGAUUGUAAACAUCCUUUGUUUUUUAUUUAAAAAUUUAAAAAAAUUUGUAUUGAAAUGGGUAGACGUAAAACAAAUUUGUCCCGAUCCUCAAGAAAUGCACGGGCGACCGCCCUUUACAGAGCGAGAAAGGCUAAAAAAGCAAUUUCUAUCGAAGUGGAACCUUCACAGGAUUGCCGAGCACCACAAUCUAAAAUUAGAGCUGCAUCUGAGUUUACUUCUUAUAAAGGAAGAAAAUAUGGUAAAACCCGCAAAAAAUGGACAAACGAAGAGAAUCAACUUUUAUUGGACUAUUUGUUGGAAAACAAUGAUAUUGAAAAACCUACCGCCCAUCUGUACUAUGCUAAUUUUUUAAAUAAAACCAAAAUUGACGCCCACCCUAAUAUGAUGUGUGGAAAAGUACGGCAUAUGAAAAAGACAUACCUGAUGGCCGAACAGUGGCUAAGAACAGAAGUCAACAAAGUAGAUAUUGACUGCCCAAUAAUAAAAGAGAAAUUGCAUAAAAUUUGUCCAUACUACAACCGGCUUUCCCAGAUCUUUCCAAUUAACGAUUCAGACACAGCAGUCUCAUAUGCUGAAGGCGAUUUUCGGUAUAAUGAAAAUAAGACGGCCAAGAUAUUUGAUGAUUUUGCGGAAAGUAAUUCUACGUUACCAGAUGAUCGAUACUCCUGGAGUGAAGACCUGAUGGUAAAAUCAGAGAUUAUAGAUGAUGAAGCAGCUAAUUUGGUAAAAUCAGAGAUUAUCUUUGAUGAAGAGGCAGCUACUGUGAUAAAGUCAGAGAUUAUCUUUGAUGAAGAAGAAGGUAUUGAAAAAGCACAUUGGCUGGUCCCGUAGAAA